ACCGCCAAAUGCGAAAUAAAUGGAAACUGUUUUAAAUUGUUAUAUAAAGUUGGUACUUUUAUUUUUAAAUUAUUAGAACAUUGUGACAUAGUUAGUACAACAUUUAAAUAUUACUUUUAAAUUUAUAACAAUAUUUAACUAUUCAAUUGUUAACUUCUUUGUUCGGAACCUUUGUACUCUAAGUUAUAUCGAUUCAUCGAUAGGGAGUCAACAACCCCAAUGGCUGCGUGAAGGGAUGAAAUGUUGUAUGUCAUACAAAGUUUUCGCCAAGGAAUAAAUACAAAAAUAUUUUCAGAAUCGUUGGCAUGUCAAUUGGUCUAUUAAAAUAACAAAAGGUUUUAUAUUGUUAGAGGUUUAGCAAUAUGAAAAAAUAUUCUGCAUUUAUCGUGUGUAUUUCGAUCCUACUGGUAUUUAAAAGAAAGGAUGUGGAGAGCUAUAAUGUGGACUCUGGAAUAUACGGGUUUCAGAAAUCAUCGGGAAUCUGUCAUAUUUACAAUGGCACUAUUUGCAAAGAUGUUUUGAGCAAUGCCCAUGUUUUUGUGUCCCCGAAUCUCACUAUGAACGACUUGGAGGAGCGACUGAAGGCGGCCUAUGGAGUAAUAAGGGAAUCCAAAGAUAUGAAUGCGAAUUGUCGCAUGUACGCCUUGCCCAGUUUAUGUUUCUCCUCGAUGCCGAUUUGCAGAACUCCUGAACGCACGAAUUUAUUGUAUUUUGCCAACGUGGCUACUAACGCAAAGCAGUACAAGAGUUCCAAUGUCACCAUACGCCGCAAGAGAACCAAAACUAAGGAUAUGAAAAGCAUAAAUAUAUUUAAAAAGAAAUCCACCAUCUACGAGGAUGUGUUCAGCACAGAUAUUUCGAGUAAAUACCCACCAACCAGAGAGUCUGAGAACCUAAAACGCAUUUGCCGCGAGGAGUGCGAACUUCUGGAGAACGAGCUGUGUCAGAAGGAGUAUGCCAUCGCCAAAAGACAUCCAGUCAUCGGGAUGGUUGGGGUCGAGGAUUGCCAACAGCUUCCCCAACACAAGGAUUGCUUAUCCCUGGGCAUAACCAUUGAGGUGGAUAAGACAGAGAACUGUUACUGGGAGGAUGGGUCGACCUAUAGAGGAGUUGCGAACGUGUCCGCCUCCGGAAAACCCUGUUUAAGAUGGUCUUGGCUUAUGAAAGAAAUAUCUGAUUUUCCAGAGCUCAUCGGUCAGAAUUUCUGCAGGAACCCAGGUAGUGUGGAAAAUAGCCCUUGGUGUUUUGUGGAUUCUUCGAGGGAGCGCAUAAUAGAACCUUGUGACAUUCCCAAAUGUGCAGAUAAAAUUUGGAUUGCCAUUGUGGGAACGACGGCAGCCAUCAUCUUGAUUUUUAUAAUAAUAUUCGGAAUAAUACUUUUUAAAAGGAGAACCAUUAUGCACUAUGGCAUGAGGAAUAUUCAUAAUAUCAACACACCCAGCGCCGAUAAGAAUAUUUACGGAAAUUCACAACUAAAUAAUGCUCAAGAUGUGGGCAGAGGCAACUUGGGAAACUUAUCCGAUCAUGUUGCUCUGAACUCCAAGCUAAUUGAAAGAAAUACUCUACUGAGAAUAUCCCAUUUUACCCUUCAAGAUGUUGAGUUUUUGGAGGAGCUGGGCGAAGGAGCUUUUGGAAAAGUUUACAAGGGACAGCUUUUGCAGCCAAAUAAAACCACCAUAACAGUUGCCAUUAAGGCCUUAAAAGAAAACGCCUCAGUGAAAACUCAACAAGAUUUUAAGCGUGAAAUCGAACUAAUAUCGGAUCUAAAACAUCAGAACAUAGUCUGCAUACUAGGGGUUGUGCUGAACAAGGAGCCAUAUUGCAUGCUCUUCGAGUAUAUGGCCAAUGGCGAUCUGCACGAGUUUCUGAUCUCAAACUCACCCACCGAGGGAAAGUCCCUAUCGCAACUGGAAUUUCUACAGAUAGCGCUGCAAAUCAGCGAGGGAAUGCAGUAUCUGUCGGCCCAUCAUUACGUUCAUCGGGACCUGGCAGCUCGAAACUGUCUGGUAAACGAGGGUUUGGUUGUGAAAAUAUCCGAUUUUGGACUAUCCAGGGACAUUUACAGCUCAGAUUAUUAUCGGGUCCAGUCAAAGUCACUAUUGCCUGUAAGGUGGAUGCCCUCAGAGUCGAUAUUGUAUGGUAAAUUCACCACGGAGAGCGAUGUAUGGUCAUUUGGAGUGGUUCUUUGGGAAAUCUACAGCUAUGGAAUGCAGCCAUACUACGGCUAUAGCAAUCAGGAAGUUAUCAAUCUAAUCCGUUCAAGGCAACUGCUUUCCGCUCCGGAAAACUGUCCCACUGCAGUCUAUUCGCUGAUGAUCGAGUGCUGGCAUGAGCAGUCAGUUAAACGUCCAACGUUUACAGAUAUCUCAAACCGUCUUAAAACCUGGCACGAAGGCCAUUUUAAAGCCAGUAAUCCAGAAAUGCAAACGUAGGCAUUUACACACAUAUGUAUUUUCAACGAAUGGACUGUAACAUAAGUAGAUUUAAGAACUUGAUAAAAUAAAAGAUCUAUAAACAUUUUAAU